AUGGGACCAUUCUGUAAUGAGACACACAGAAGGAAUCCGUAUAAUGAAAGUGACGUUACGUGUGAGAAGGGUUGGUGGAAUCCCAUUCUUUGUGAUAAAAAGUCAGAGUGUAAAUCGGCUUCCUCUACACCCGAUGAUGACGGACUUCCCUGUCCAGGUGGGGUGGCAGAUUUAUUUUCAAACAAAUGCGCCAUUUGUUCAUGGCCUACUUUUUUCAAAGGGCCAUAUUGCAAUCAAAGCACCUGCAUUCAUGGAUCUCCAUCACUUUUGCCUUCUUCCGAGGGAACUUGCUUGCCAGGAUCGUGCAAUUUUGGGUGGAAAGGACAUUUUUGCAACGAAAGCUUAUGUUUGCAUGGCUAUAGAAUACUAUCAUCUGGCGCAAUAACGGAACAUAAUGUCUACUCAUACUUUCCUUCUCAACGAUGGUCUUAUGGAUGGCGGGGGAUUGGCCGGGUUAAGGUAAAGUCCUCCCUCUCUAAUUUGCACGAAAAUUCCCAAACCUCUGCAAAUAAGGGAUCUUCUGGUUUCUUUUUUUCUUUUUUCAAUUGGAAGCUCCGUGAGAAUCCUUCAGAUAUUAACAAGGUCUCUUCUCCUUCAAAAAAUAUCGAUGACUCUGUGAACGAAAUAGCAGAAAGUCCUCUUUGUACAGAAUGUUACCCUGGAUAUCCACAAUCCCCUUUUUGCGACCAGCUAUAUCAAGAUGCCUCCAUAUGUAUCCAUGGAUGGUUUGAUCACUCUACAGGUAAAUGUUCGGACUGUUUUCCUGGAUGGGCAGGUCCACUGUGUGAUACUUCUGCCUGCAUAAAAUGGCUGGUUCCGUAUGUCAAAUGCAAGGAAUGCCAAUCUGGUCUUCACGGUCCGCUAUGUGAAUACAAGUCUCUAUGUAUCCAUGGUGUUCUUGAUAGACGUUCGCCCUUGGGUGCGUGUCAGGCUCCAUGUCUAUUUCGCUUCUUUGUAGAUCCUUUUUGCAAUGAAACCAAUUGUCUUGAAAUCGGUGCAGAUGGGAUGCCAAAGCUUGAUUCCAACGGAUAUUGCUUAGCAUGUCGAGAUGGUUACCAAGGCUCGUAUUGCACCUCAAAGCUCAGUUGUGUCAAUGGACUUGUUAGCGCUAUAUUAGCUGAGAAGAAUGAAAUGUGUAUCCCUGGAACUUGUGCUCCUGGCUGGAGUGGGCCUUGGUGCCACAAAAGAACCUUAUUUAGACCUGGAUCCCCUACAGACACUACUAAGUGUGAAGAAGGGUGGAUCGGCUCCUUAUGCGACAUUCCUGACUGCAUGCAUGGCGUUCCAGAUUUUGCCUACGGAUGGUGUCGUUGGUGUCAUCCCGGCUGGGUAGGUCAUGCUUGCGACACCAAACCUUGUCUAUUUGGAAUCUCCAAUCUGCUAUAUCAGCCAAUGAGAGAAAAUAAAAGUCUCGAGCUAUUUUCACCACCAUGCAUUCCAGGCACAUGUUUGGACUCUUGGAGAGGCUCUGAUUGUGCGCAUCCAUCCUGUUUUGGAGAGGGCGCUGAUUCUUCACUCUGGAACGUUCCCUCUGGAAUCUUGUAUUUGUUAUUUGGGAAAUCGGGCCCUCAGCGCGGAUGGUCCUCUGUUCCCACUUUCACUGAUUCUCCAAAUGAUGAGGCAGUAGUUGCUAAAUCACCUGAUAUUCUCCCAUCAACAGAUGGAAGCAUUCCAGGCAUCGACUGGAAUACUCUAAGUUGUAUGGGAUGUUCCCACCCAUACUACAGACCGCCAACAUGCGAUAGGAUCAACAGGUGUUUAUGGGGAAUUCUCGAUGAGGCUUCUUCUGAUGGAAGAUGUGUUCCAGGCUCCUGCCAACGAGGGGGAGGUCCGUUUUGCUCAAAGCCAAUCUGCUACCAUGGAAUCCCAGAUCCCAAAUUUACUCUUGGAUGUCACAAGUGUUAUUCUGGAUGGAAGGGGCUUUCGAGCGACUCUAAAUAUCCAUUGGUUAUUGAGGAAGAUGUUCCGAAUGUGCUUGAUCUCUCCUUUGAUGCCCUCCCGAUCUUGAUUUGCGAUACUCCAACAUGCAUCAAUGGAUGGCUUCAUUUUCUUUAUCCGCCCACAGUAGACCCACAUUCUUAUAUUUGUAUUUGUUUUGAUGGAUGGCAGGGGCAAAACUGUGACCAGAUAAUGGAGGAAAGCUUUUCAAACGGCUCAGCAGGCCAACAUAGACCUGGAUGCCCUGAAUAUACGUGUCCCAAGCCCUUGGAUAUGGCACUAGACUGCCCGAACGUCAAUGACAACAACUCCGCUGUGACGAUUGAAAUUGCCCCUCGAAAUGGAUGUCCCCCAGGCACGGUGGACAGUCUGUUAGUGGAGCUUUUUUUGGAGAGAAAAAAUUCAACAUCAACAACCUCCUCAUAA